AUGCGGGUGCUACUGGAGAGCAGCUGGAUGAAGUUCGGGCCGGCCGGCAGAGGGACGUAUGACUGGGUGACAGGCUCGCCCUCGCCCCCGACUCUGGAGAAACAGCUGCAGGGCUACAACUGGAAUCAGCUCGAUCCAAGUGAGGACAGGAAGUCAGAACUGUUGAUCUAUGUGGUUCUCCCAACCGUCUCCGUCCUCCUACUGGCGCUGCUUGUCAUCCUGGUCUACCGUCGCUGCUCCCGCAGCAAACUGACCCUGGCCAACAUCAUCGCUCUGGACCUCCAGGACGCCGAGAGCAGCGCCGAAUUCCUCUCCUCGCUGACCUACAACGCCGAGCGCCACACCAGCACCAGCUCCGAUGGGUCGGAUGGCGUCUUCCUCAUGGUCUACCUCCCCCCACCCUACGAGGAAACGCUCACCAAGAUCACACGGGCCGCCAGCCUCACCAGCUCCAAGGACAUUGAGUCGAUAAAAAUCGAGGACCUGGAGGCCAAGCUGUGCCCAGAGCUGAAGUCCAGCGGUCGUUUUGUGUGAUGAUGCAUUUCUGCUGUUGAAGUGUCAAACCAUUGUAACUCCAGUUUUACCUCAUCUUUAAAGAUGCCUCUUGAAUGUGAGA